CUUCCCAGCACGUAGAGAUCAUCAGAUGGCAUAGAGCACUGCGCUCUGCUGGACGGCAGCUGAAUCGUUCAUCACGACGACAUAUUUUUUUUAAUCAUAUUGAAAUAAGGAGUGCUUUUAGAGCAUUUCGACCCCCACUCAUUAUGAUCGCAGCUCCGUGUUUUGCGUGAACAACCCAUUCGCCGUUUUCAUUGGUGCCUUGUGGAAGCUGGGAUGGGCACAAUUCUACAGGAGCGAGUGUCACAACAAUGCCUGGAGAGGGCUUCAUCCAUCAGGGACAGGGACUGGAAGAGGAAGGCGUCGUGGACCAACAACAGGCCGAAUGUGGCCAGCAACAAAAUGGGCAGGCGGCAGUCACAAAGGAAGUCACUGCAGCCGCAGUACGCGCUCCCAAGUCAGGAAAAUAAUAACGAGAAGAGGCUGCAGCAAAGAAGAAGGCAGAAACCUAACAUACCCUUGACCAAACGUAUCACUUCUCUACACAGUGCUCAGGGAACCUCAGACUCAAAGUCCCAUCCGGCGUCCCCUACAGAGGACAGGAUGGAGCCAAAGGUGCAGCCAGCUGCUCAGCACAGCAGCCACAGGGAACACAAGCACACAGGUGUUAGAGGGAGCAGACACACUUCAGUCUUUCCCUGCCACCGCCUGUCUGAUUCAAGUCCUGAUCUGCGGCAGAGACUGUCACCAAACCCAGAGGUGGGAAGUCUGUGUGGCCAAGGAGAGAGCAACAGUGACACUGACUUGUCUGAGUCUGAGAGACUUCCUGUGUCACUGUCUGGUCGGGUUCCUCCACAGCUCCAGCUGAGACCGGAGGUCAUCAAGGCUGAGAACUGCUCCUCUCGUAGCCACCGGCCCAGAGGACACGGCCAAGGUAGUUUUGACUUCCCAGACUUCCUCCCUCCACCUUUUAACUCCUGGAGCCUCAGUCAGCUGGCUGUCUUCUACAACAUGGAGGGCCGUGGGGCCUCUCGGCCCAGGCCAGUGGGCCCUUUGGAAAGGUACCUUGAGAGGCUGUUGCAGCUGGAGUGGCACCAGAUUCAGACAGUCCAGGAGGAGGGUGGGAAGUCGGCGGUGUCAGAUAUUAUUUCCAGCUGCCACGUGUCACCUGCUGCUGCCUCAUCACGCCUCAGCUCUCCGAAGUGCAUCCUCCAGUGUCAACGUGCCUUCCCCCUCACGUUCCUCUCCUCUCUGGCCAGUCACUCUGCCCUGCUCUCCAGCUGUGCCUGCACUCUCUGCUGUAUCCGCUACUCCACCUGUAGCACAACGUGCUGCCGCUCCACCUACAACCACAGCCGUCAGUCCAGACUGAGUCCCAUGCUGGAUUGCAGGAGGCCCACGUCGCUCCCCAAAAGGAGCUACAGUGAGAGCCGGGUGCACUCCUCAGACAGGAGCUCUGCAUCCCAAGCUCAGAGGUUCAGCAGCCCUGUGAGGACCAACAGCCACCUGAGGAGAAUGCAAGCCUCAGGCAACAUCCGCAACCCUGUUCAAGGUAAUAACACCAAGCCUCAUUCCACUGCCAGAGACUGUAUUGUUUGGGGGCUGGGAGGAACCAUUGGGGAUUAUGGGGGGGGUGUGUUGAACUGUAGAACAGGGGGGUUUAAGAGGAGGAGUGGCUCAGAGCAGAGGAGAGGCAGAGCAGAACGACAACAUGCAUUGGAGAAAAGACGUAGUGGUUCUGAGUGCAGAAGAGGAGGAGCUGAGCAGAGGAGAAUAGCUGAGCUCAAGGAGCGGGAAAUCAAACCAGAUGCUGUCACUGCAAUAAUGGACAAUUUACCUGGGUCCAAACAUUCUCCAAUAAACAGACCAAAACAGGUUGAAUUUGUUACAUAACAGCAACCUGAGUACUGUAAGUAGAAUCUAAUUGCCACAGCUACAGUUAUUAAUAUUUGAUCAUGAAUGUAUAUUUUCAUUUUGUCAUUUUUCCUUGUUUGGCAAACACAAAGUAUAGCAAGAUUGUAAAUAUAUAUUUUUCACUAGUGGAUAUUAUGCUUCACCAGAUUUGUUUUUCUCAGCUAAUCAUUGUUACAUUAUGUUUAAUCCAAUGCUCUGAUAUCAGUAUAAGAUAAUGCAACAUUGGAUGUUUACAUGGACUAUUGAUCAUACAUAAAUCAUAUGAGGAUGUGAUUAUUUAUUUAAAAGUUGUGUUUGUUUGUUUUUUCCUCAGCACAAUACACUGCGUAUAUAUUUGUAUGCAGGAGUUUCCAGCACAGCACCAAUUUUACUAUCGAUUCUGUUUUGGUUUGUCAGCAAAAUAAUUGCAUAAUAAAAGUGUUUAAAAUUGACCAAACAAUUAUGAUAAGGUGUAAGUCUUCAAACUCAAAGUGAAAAAGUGUGGAAAAGUUGUGGAGUCCAAUAUCACAAAUCACACCAUUUUGUUCUGAAUACAGUAGCGGUCCUGGCACAUUUUAGGCCUUAUUAUCUGUGUUAUCUGCGUUCCAGUCACACCUGAGGCUGAUCAUUCCUGAGAGGCCGGUUGAUGAGUUACAAAAUUUUAAUUUUCCCUGAAACAUUUGGCCCUAAUAAAUUAUUUCCAGUGUUCAGAGACACCAUGGUCAUAUUCUGGGUUAUUAAAUAAUGACAUAAUUCACAAUCAGAAUAUCAAUAAAUACAGAUGCAAUUAAUGAAAAGGCCUAAAUCAAAUAAACACCUGUGACUCUGAGCAGGACACUGUAUAUAUUAUAAAGGUGAUAUAAAGGUGCAGGUGAUUGUUAGACAGAGAUAACACUGCUGCUCUGCUACUGAUAACUGUAUCUAUCUUUAUCAAUAACAUUAUGUGUCUACUGACAGCUGAUCUAGCUGUAAUCAGCUGCCGCCGUCAUUAGAAUUGAACGUCGCUUCACGUGACACUUUAGAGGAAUAGACGUUUCAUUUGGGAUUGGCUUUCAGGAAACUCAGAUUGUUUUAAAGUGUAAACUGUGUGACUCCUUAAUUAAUUAACUGACCCGGCCAAAUCCUAGGGCACAAAAUAAAUCUACCUUGCUGGAUUUAAUUAAAACAAAUACAUCCCAUAAAUACACCUUGACUGGCAUAUUUUGCAAUGAUGUUAGUGAUCAUUCUGCAAUUGCUUGUGUCAGCAAUAUGAAAAUAUCCAAGGUAAUACCAUGUUUUAUUUUUAAAAGAUGUUUUAAAAGUUUUUAAGAGCAUGCUUUCUUGCAUGACUUGUACUACAAUAACCCUAGCAGAGUUAUUAUCGUUGCAGAUGUUGAACUGGCAUGGGAAUAUUUUCACUCAAUUUCUCUGUCUAUCUCUGAUAACCAUGUUCCUACUGAGAAGUUUAGGGUCAGCGGUAGGGAUAAUCCUUGGUUCUCAGAUAGUCCUACAGAAUUGCUUCGUUUGAGAAAUAAACUUUGGGCCCAAGCAAGAUUUUCAAACUCCUGUUGAUUGGACUAUGUUUAGAAUCCUAAAGAACAAGUGUACCUUCAUGAUUAGAAAGUCCAAAUUCGAGUUUUAUCUGAAGUCAGUUACAGAGAACCUAAAUAACCCCUCAAAAUUCUGGAAAUCAAUUAAAUCUUCAUCCUUAUCGCUUAAAGGUGGCAGCAGAUAGUAUUGCUUAGCCCAUUCUCAUAUUUUUAAUUUGAGUCUUCUCUCCAACUCUAUUUCUAAAAUUUGGAAAGCUGCUUAUGUUCUCCCUGGAGCCUAUCCCAGCUGAUAUUGGGCGACAGGCAGGCACACACUGACCUGAUCAAUGUCUUUUUUCUCUGGCUCCUUACAUAGUUAGUUAUGAUAUGAUGUAGUUUUUGGAGUGUAUAUUUUUAUGUAUAAAGCAAUAUUGGGCAAACUUCCAGCCUAUACGUCUGCCCGCUUCUGUGUGUCAGCUCUGGUAGUUACCAGCUACGCUCUUCCAAGUGGGUGCUUUUAAAUGUACCCCAGGUUUUCACAGAUCUGGGGAAACCUGCAUUCUCCUACACCUCAGACAUGGAACAAUCUUCAAAAAGAUCUAAAAUUAGAAACACUUGUAUCCGUGGAUGAAUUCAAGGGAAUGUGGUGAUAGAGACAUGUCCUUGUAAUUCUUGAGAGGCCACUUUGUUUGAAUAGUUGUUUUAUUGUGGAUUUCUGUAUUACAUGUUGUAUU